AUGCCGCCUAAGCAAUCCAAAACAGACUCGCGCGCUGUGACCCUCCUCUUCAAGAAGCAUAAAACAACUGUGCUUCUGAUGCUCCAACCACACGAACCACUCGGCUUCACCAAAGAAAGACUUCUGGGUGCCCUGAAAUCGCGAGAAGUUACCGAGAUAAAUGGUGACAUUGUUCCUGAUGACUCCGACGACGUUGAGUUCGGUGAGCCUAUCGACCGAGCGGACCUCGAGAAAGGCUGGAAGCGCCUCAAGUCACAGAAUGAGUCAGUAACUUUAAUGGAGGCGGGUUUGCAGAACGGACAUUCAGUUGCCUUCCGCUUUCACAAAUCUACCGAGGGCAAAAAUGGUGGUGUUGAUAUGGACCUUGAUGGUGAGGAUCCAGGCUGGGAUGUCGUCAUGCCGACCUACAACGAUGAGCCACAGGAAGAGUGA